AUGAAUUUAAUUGUGAUCCCUUCAACAGCAUUUCGUCUUUCAUCUGAAUGUCCCCAAUGGCCGAAUCCUUUGUACAGGAACAAUGCAGUGUUGGGCACUGAAUUAAUCAGAAUUCAAUGUAUAACAUGUCAGCGAAAGAAAAGUAAAUUUAUUACUAACAAACAUUCCACAAACCAAGAUUAA